AUGUCGAGAUGCGGGGAAUGCAAAGAGAAAAUGUUUGGUGGUGAUGGUGCACAAUGCUCAUCGUGCAAGCUGAUAUAUCACUUUAACUGCAUAGGGAUCACGGAAGGAUACCGUAAACUGGGUGACCGGAAAACUACAUGGCGAUGUCCAAAAUGCAAGACAGGAGGUCAACAGCCGGGUACAACUACAUUGUCACCUCUGCCUGAAGCAACAUUAAGGGAGGAGGUAAAAUCUCUUACCGCUCGAAUGUCAGCCUUUGAGGAACUAGUGAACGAGGAGUUUGGAUCCCGACUACUAAACAUAGAAAACAGCAAAGAAGCAAUCAAAACCCUAGAGAACAGAGUUGGGCUACUUGAAAAAGACAGAGAUUUCGCAGAGCAAUGGCAUCGAAUGAGUUAUGUAGAAGUAAAAGGAAUACCACAGUCAGUUAAUGAGAACCUGAUUGACCUGGUAAUAAGCAUUGGUUCGAAAGUAAAUUAUCUUAUAACAAAGCGACAGGUUAACUUUGUAGCGCGCACUCCAUCUCGAGACUCGAACUGCCCGAAGUCCAUAAUUGCGAGUUUCAAUAAUACAUACGUCACGGAGGACUUUGUGGCUGCUCUCAGAACCUUCAACAAAGAUGGCUUACUAACCCCAAAUAUCUCGGGUGUAAAGCCUCAGCUCACCAGUGAGCAACACGGGUUUUUAAGAAAUCGAUCUACGGUCUCAAACCUUAUUAUUGCCAAUGAAUACAUAUCGAGUGGCAUGGAUCGGCGAGCGCAGGUCGGCGUCGUCUACACGGAUUACAGCAAAUGUUUUGAUCGUAUUGAUCAUGACAUUUUGCUUAACAAGCUGACAUCCAUGGGUAUACACGGCGACCUGUCUCGCUGGUUUAAGUCAUACGUCGACAAUCGUUCACAAGCGGUCGCUUUACAAGGAUAUACAUCUAAUUGGAUGUCUAUUACUUCGGGUGUUCCCCACGGCUCCUUAUUAGGACCCCUCUUAUUUAUACUAUUAUUACUAUAUGUGAACGAUAUACUAUCAUGUUUUAAAUAUUCUAAAAUAUUACUAUAUGCGGACGAUAUGAAAAUUAUGAAAUUAAUAUCAACCAGGCAGGAUACAUUAGAACUUCAGGAAGAUUUAAAUCGAUUUGAGGAUUACUGUCUUCGUAACAAGUUGGACUUGAAUGUCUCGAAAUGCUUUUGUAUGACAUUCACUAAGAAAAGUAAUAAAAUCAAUACAAAACACGAGCUUAAAAAUUCUGCUUCAGAGGCUGUCGAUGUCGAUUAG